AUGGACCAGACACCAAAGAGGGAGCCACGCAAGGUCGACACCAGACAUGAGGUCGUCCGCUUCGACCUUACUCAAAGCACGCCUACGCCGUCCCCGAAGAAGCCAGAGAAUCAAGAAGGCACCGCCCAUCACUCCCCGCCGCUUCACAAAGUUCUUCGCUCCACGACCAGCAAAGACGAACGUUGCACACAAGAUCACCAAGACCAGAUCAGCCUGAAAGACGUCUCAGAAACAGAGUUGAACACAAGACAAAAUGAAAGUGCCGGUCGAGCUUCGAAAAGAAGAAAGCUGUCCUUCAGCGGCUCACUCAUCUCUUCCUCACUACCUUCGUCGCCUGUCAAACACAGCCAGGGCUUCCUCUCCAGCAGCCAGGAUUAUGGUGUCAACAGCGACGACGACGGAGAUGCUGCCAUGAACGCUGACGAACAUGACUCGGAGGCCUCCACAGACAUCGAAGAGCGUCCACAGCCCUCCUACAGUAGAAGAAAGCCAUAUUCACAUAAAUCACUCUCGGCAAGGCUACUUGCUACCAGACUCGAUGGUCGGUCCAUUCGAAGAGCACCUGCAGUCGGCGGCGCAUUGUGGCAAGACGAAACAGCUGCAUUCUACAGCGCCCCAGAAGACGUCAAUAUCGACCAUGGCUUAGGCCCUGAAUAUCGCCGUCGCUACCCCAACCUACCCUUCUGCUCUACCAGCUGCAAGACCAAUUCCCUCGUAGCCAUCGGCGACGAAGAAGGCUACGUCCGCCUCAUCGACACUGCCAAAGACCACCAACACGAGUUCAGCAAGACUUACCUUGUCCUCAAACCCCAUGACAACGCCAUCAUGGACCUUGAAUUCUCUCAGGACGAUCACUACCUUGCCACCGCCUCCGGCGACCAAACCUGCCAGAUCAUCGACGUUCCGGCCCAGAAGUCCAUCUGGACGCUCUCCAGCCACUCAUGCUCCGUCAAGAAGGUCCAGUUUCAGCCCGACAACCCCAACAUCCUCGCCUCUUGCGCUCGUGACGGCACCAUCAACAUCUGGGACACCCGCCAGAACCCUUCCUCCACAAUGCCACCCCGCCAAGUCACAGGCCCCUUGACCGACACCAUGACCGCCCAACGCCAUACCCGCGGCGCCACCUUCAGCGGCCGUAGCGACUUCUCCGUCACAUCUCUCGCCUUUCUCGACGCCUCGCGCCCUAAUCUCAUCGCCACCGCCUCCGAGUCCGACGCCGUGGUGAAGCUCUGGGACAUCCGCUCCAAACACUCCUUCCGCAACAAAACCGUUCCUAUCUCCUGCACGACGCCUCCCAGCUCCCACUCCAUCCACCGACACUUCGGCAUCACCUCCAUGGCUGUCAGCACCGACGCCAGCAAGAUCUACACCCUCUGCCGCGACCACACCGUCUACGCGUACUCCACAUCCCACCUCAUCCUCGGCAGCAAGAGCGCUUCGUCCCUACUCGACCACCCCACCACCACCCCACCCUUCAGUAGCAUGCGCAACGGCGCCUCAACCGGCCUCGGCCCACUCUACGGCUUCCGCGACCCCUCCAUGGCCAUCACAACCUUCUACCUGAAGCUCUCCCUCCGCAAGUCCACGGCCUCCCAAUCCGAACUCCUCGCAAUAGGAAGCAGCGACCACUGCGCCGUCCUCUUCCCUACCGCAGAGCGAUACCUUACCAAAGCCGCCCGCAAUAUUCCUCGACUGGGCAGCGUGGACGCAAUGAUGAGCAUGAACGCCGCCAACCCCACAGGCCGCCUACGCCUGACGCGGACCGACAGUCAGAGCACCAGUCUGGCCUUGAAAGCGAGAGCAAGUGAGGAUGAUGUGCCGAUCUACUAUACCGGGACGCCACUUGUAAGAGGCCAUGUGAAUGAGGUUACGAGUGUGACGUGGUCGAGUGAGGGGAGCUUGGUCACCAUCAGCGACGAUCUGACUGCGCGAUGCUGGCGUGAGGAACCAGAGAACGCGAGGGCGAUGCGGCAAGGCUGGCAAAAGGGCGGCGAAGUCAGUCGGUACGGGGCGGGCUGGGCGGCGGUUAGAGAUGCAGGGUAUGAUGAUGAUGCGAUCUGA